CGGGCGUCGGGGCCGGGCUCCUGGGGGGUCGCCGGGCUCCUGCGGCCGCUGUCGGGCGCCAUGGGGCCCCUCGGCCCCACGCCUCAGCGCAGCCCCAGACGCGGGGCCGCCCACACCCGCUAGGCCCGGGCCACGGCCGCUGCCGGAACAGAGAAUCUGGCCGGCGUCACCCCCCGGACCCACAUCGUCUCCCCCGGACCGACUUCUUCCCAGCAGACCCCCCCCCCCCGAACCACCCAAGCCGGGGGGAGGGGACACCUGGCCGCGUCGGCUCCGACUCUGUGACCCGAGCCCACGGGAGAACUUUGUUCUGCUUCUGCGUUUCCGUCAGAGCCCCUGCAUGGAAUCCGGUCGGGAAACUUGGCUAAUUCAGCGUCGCCUGCAGAAUGUGCUUUUUUGAUCACCUCUUUGGAUCAGCCUGACUUUCACAGGUUUGGGCCUGGUGGCAGGGCAUCAAAGCUCCGGAUUUCUCACCUCCACCACCACCACCACCACCACAACAAUCUGCUCUCAUGGCAUCGAGAGAGCCCGAUGUUCCCGCUCUGGAGCCCGGCCAGGGCGGGUCGGCCGGGAAGAUGUCCCUCCCGGUGGGAAUGCACCGGCGGGCGUUCAGCUACGACGACGCCCUGGAGGACCUCACCCCGAUGACCCCUCCCCCAGCGGACAUGGGCAGCAACGUCCUGUGGAAAGAACCCGUCAUCCCGGAGCGCAAGUACCAGCAGCUAUCCAAGGUUGAGGAAGGGGAGCCCACUGUGUUCUCGCCCACCCUCACCCCCUCCUCAUCCAGCGACAGUAUGAGCAAGAUUCCGGUGGUGAAGGCCAAGGCUACCCACGUCAUCAUGAAUUCCCUAAUUACAAAGCAGACGCAGGAGAGCAUUCAGCGUUUUGAGCAGCAGGCCGGGCUGAGGGACGCCGGCUACACCCCGCACAAGGGCCUCACCACCGAGGAGACCAAGUACCACCGGAUGGCGGAAGCCGUGCACAAGUUAAAGCUGCAAAGCGGAGAGAUGACAAAGGAUGAGCAGCAGGCCUCCUCCUCGGCCCAGUCCACCCCCAGCGGCACCCCGCACUCGUCGCCCAGACAGAAGAACAGAGGCUGGUUCGGCCACGGACCCACCACCUCCCUCCCCGGCCCGGAUUUGGGCCCCGUGGACCCCGGGCCCGGCGACCGGGAUCGGGCCGCCUCUGAAAAGUGGAGCCUCUUCGGCCCCCGGACCCUCCAGAAGUCAGAUUCAGGUGGCUUCUCCGUCCAGUCGUACAGAGGUGCCCAGAAGCCGAGCCCCAUGGAGCUCCUGCGGGCCCAGGCCGCCCGCAUGGCAGACGAGCCCGCCGCCCUGAAGCCCCCCAAGAUGGACAUCCCCCCGCUGGAGGGGAAGAAGCCGGCGCCCAGGGCCCACAACCUCAAGCCGCGGGACCUGAACGUGCUCACCCCCACUGGGUUUUAGGCACCGCCCCCUCCCCCCUCCGGGGCGGGGGGCCGCACCACCCCGUCUCCCCACACCCCCUUUCGCCGUUGCCGGCGGCCUAGCGGGAACCGGCUCCCCGCCGGCCUCGCCCCCCGGAACCCCCCGGGAGGGUCGGCCCGAGGAUCCCGCUCUCCCAUCCCCUCUCCCCCCGACGCAUCCGACCGCGGCCCCGGGCCCGCCUGUAGAACCGGGCCGCCGCCGUCGUCAUCGCCGCCGCGGCGGGAAAGCAUUAAACCCAACUAGACGCUG